CCAGAGCCAUAGGACCUUUGACCUCAAUUCUAAAGAAAAUAAAAAUUUCCACACGGUUUUGGAGUUGUAGUUGCGAAGAAAUGCUCAUCUGCUUCUUCUUCUUCCUUCUUAAGAAAAGAUGUGCACAGUGCUGUACUCUCCACACAAGAGCUUCUCUCUGCAAUAACAGAAAAACUAUUUUUAAUUAGGAAAAUGGAAGUCCUCAUGAGCAAGCAACUAACUGAUACCGAUAUUGAACUUCAUUUGGCAAUUCCUACUGAUUGUUUGUGGACUUCCCAGUUUCCUGAAAGGGGAUUUUCCAUGAUCUUUCAAGCAACUGACAGCCAUCAACGGAUAUGGAAUUUUCAAGUAACCACUCCAGAUUUCAUCAUGAAUAAUCAAAAUCCUUUUCUUCAUGGAGAGUGGCUUCGAUUUGUAAAAGAAAGAGGUCUAAUGGUGGGUGACAUAAUCACUUUGAGUAGGGAAGAAGAUACAAAAAAUGGCAAACAGCACUAUAUUACAAUAGGGAAUAAAAUUUUGGUAGAGGGUGAUGAUGAAAUUCGGACAACUGGUGAUUCUGCUGCACUUCUUUCGGCUGAGACUAAUUACUUAAGCCAUAACAGUGACGUUAACCGAAAGGUCCAAACUAAAAUCAGAGUACAAAUUUUUAGUUCAUUUAAUUUGUUAAAGAAAUUUUCUUUUUAUGUUUCAUAGGUGAAGGAGCAAAUGUUUGCUAUUGCCAACUUCAUUGUUGAGGCAAUUCAACAAUAGUUUUUGACCAGCUUUCUUCGAAUAAAGCCUCUGUUUUCCUGCCAAUAUGUAUGGGAAUGUCUUAUGCUGGCUUGUUUAUGUGCAUCCUUGAACUUAUGACCCCUUGGCUUUAUAACCCAAGAAGCCGAUAUCGGAGAGGUGAUUCAGUCAGUUCCUCCACAAACUUGAUUUUACUGUUGGCUGCUGGUCAAUGCAUUCUCACAACAACUAGUUAUUGUUUGUUUCUUAACUUUGGUCAUAAUCCAAAACAAUUAUCAGCUUUUGCUGUCAUUUUUGCUUUUGGUCAAAUGUACCAUAACUUUUGUCGAGAGUCCAAGCACAGAGUUGAUAGGGAAGAGGCAGCAUCUAUAGAGUUAGUGUCUGAUAUUUAGAAAAUAUUAUUAUAUGUCAUUUUCAUCUUGGAGUUCUUUCUCUUGUUCAUAUAAUGUUUUCCCCUAUUUUAAUUUGUA